GGUGGUACCCGAGUAUUAUGGAAUGAGAUACAUAAUUAUAAAUAAUAAAAAUAAUGUAAUUUGCAACAUGACAUUUUUUGAAUAGUAUGAAUUAGAAGUAUUGUUUCAGCUUGGUAGUUUAAGGUCAUAUCAUUACAGUGAGAAAAAACUCAACAAAAUCUACUUUGGAGUAUUUGUUUGUUGAUGAUACUGAUGAAAAAUAUGAUUUCUGCAUGUGCAAUCCACCAUUUUAUGUUAACAUUCAAGAAGUGUGGGAAUCACGAAGUCCUGCAAGACCACCACCAAAAAAUGGCUUCACUGGUUCACCACAAGAGCUGAUUACAGAAGGUGGAGAGUUACAAUUUUGUAGACAAAUGCUUGAAGAGAGUAAGAAAUUAAAAGAUAAAAUUCUUUUGUUCACAUCUAUGAUUGGACACAAAUACAAUUUAAAGGAACUUUUAUUGGACUUAAAAGCUGAAGGUAUCAAACACACGAGUACAGAAUUUUGUCAGGGCAGAGUCACAAGAUGGGGCAUAGCAUGGACAUAUCAAGAUUAUGACCUCUUUAAAUUAGUUCCACCACGUGAAAAGACUAGAAAAAAAAGUUUGCCAAUAACACUUAUUGUUCCAAGGCUUCCUGACCAGUCUUAUAAUAUGGAAACUGUUUCGGCUAAGAUAAAACAUAUUUUAGACGAUUUAAAAAUUCAGCACAAGAUAAUAACAAAACGCAAAAAUGAAUUGUGUUUAGAUAUGAUAGCAUAUAUAAAUACAUGGUCUAACCAAAGACGUAAGAGAAGGUUCCUAAAGCAAUUAGAAGAAAAAUCUAAGAAACCUAAACUGGAUGACCCUGGCACAUCUGAAACACGUGUAAAUAUUGAAACAAAAAAUGGGAAUGGUUCUUUCAUUGAGAGUGUAGAGGCGAACACUUAUUCAAGUACAAAAGAAAUCACAGACAAAUUAGAAAAUUUAAAUGGCGAUCCCCUUGCCCAUGCUUUAUUAAAAUUAGUUGGUAAAGAAGAGUCAAUUUCAUUAUCUUUGGAAUAUUUAAGUGGCACCUUGGGUAAAGAAGGACUUCAUCAGAUACUUCAGUACAUUAAAAAUAAUUGGAAAUGAA